GGCGGCCGGGGAGCGGCCGUCCGACCCCGGGGAGCUUUCUCAGGCCGAGCCCGGGCCUCUGGCCGAGGGGCCCGGACCGCAGCCACCGCCCGCCCAGGACCCAGAGCUGCUGUCGGUGAUCCGGCAGAAAGAGAAGGAUCUGGUGCUGGCGGCCCGGCUGGGCAAGGCGCUGCUCGAGAGGAACCAGGACAUGAGCCGGCAGUACGAGCAGAUGCACAAGGAGCUGACAGACAAGCUGGAGCACUUAGAACAAGAGAAACACGAACUGAGAAGACGAUUUGAGAACCGAGAAGGGGAGUGGGAAGGGCGAGUGUCAGAGCUGGAGAGCGACGUGAAACAGCUACAGGAUGAGUUGGAGAGGCAGCAGGUUCAUCUGCGGGAGGCAGAUCGUGAGAAAACACGGGCUGUCCAGGAGCUAUCUGAACAAAACCAAAGGUUACUGGAUCAGCUCAGCAGGGUGAGUCACAAGUUAGGAAUUCAUCGUGUAAAAUAUUAAAAAUUGAAACAGAACUUCCGGGUAAUGUCAGUCAUGUGUAUAGUAAGAGCACUUCUGACUUUUGAUGCCUUCGGUUUUGAUAUCAACAAGUGAAGUAGCUUCUGUCUACAAGAUCGACAGAAGUACCUACCAACUAGGAGUUAGGAGCUAAAAUUCACGCCUGUGACUAACUAGCUGUAAUAUUCGGUAUAUAUGAAAGGAGAUAUGUGUCAUCUAUAUUUAACGUCUGUUUUGUU